GCUGUGUCAAUAAAACAGAAUGUUGGCAUUUAUGUUUUCUGAAGCCAAACCCGCGUUGGCGAAUACACAAUACAACACCAGCUCUAUUUCGGACCUCCUUGAAUAAAUUCAACAUACCGUAAUUUUGACAACAAAGCUCACCUAUUGCUGGCGAUGUUUAACAGCAAAUGUUGACACGAUUGGCUUUUCUUUUAUGGAAGGUUGACUGAAGGGCACAUUAGCUGCCAUUUUAGUGGAUGGAUGAAAGUAACACCCAUCGGUUGCUAAGUUGACGGAAGCAAAUAGUAGUAAUUCUACCCCAGGGCUUUAACCUAGCUGAUUCCGCAAAGCUCUUUUGAGAAAGCCACUAUUCAUUACGUGGUAUGCUUGAUAUUCGGAUUAAUCUGUUGGUACAUUGGUGGCCGCCUAGUCAACGAAGGAUGACUAUGUUUUCGAGCGUGACAUGUGCAUCAUAUUAUUACUAAAACUAAUUUACAUGGGGAGAGAAAAAUAAUUAGAAUAGCCGUUUCCAGCGCAACAACUUAUUGAUUAAUUCAGUUUUCUCUGCGCGACAUCCUAGUGAACAAUACUGGUAGUAGUUCUAUGGUACACGGUGGAGUGCGAUCUUCUUACACAAGAACAGUUGAUAAUGUGACAGAGGACGAUUAAAAUCUGAGGGGAAAGGUGAAAUUUACAGAAAUACACACCCAACCGUAUGUGGAUUGUAUCACGUUCCCUGUACAGACGCAAGCAAUUUCAUAAAUAGCGUUGUGGAAACGGCGUGAAGGUGAACCAGCAUCUGUUAUUAGCCAUUCCAUAUCAAUAGAACUGGUAUCACACCUGCAUAACGCAGCUACAGGUGAGCGAAUUGCCAGUCAUACUGAGCACAGAGAGUGGGGAGGAUUUCAGCCUACUGUAUGAACUCGACAGGAGGUCGGUACUAAGAAGUUUAUAUCAACAGCAUGCACAACGACAACGUUGACAGCAACACGCAUAGAGAAUCUUACGGGAAUACCUAGAAACUCAUUCGGGCAUGUGAAAUAAAAACGAGAUAUUAUCAUUCUCUACGGAAUUAGACUCAGAGCACCAGAACGGAGGAACUUAUGUUCGAAUAUAGAAAACACAAUGGCAAGAAUGUAGAGGAAAUCACUUUCUUUCUGAUUUUUUGAACAUGUACUUGAACAUCCUCCUAACGUCAGGACAACACAAUGGCGACCAAAAAACCUAACAAUACUCAUCCGAGGAUUCGGUGUAAAGACAUCCCUUUUAUAUCUCCGUCCAUCUUGACUGUGUUCGUUGGAUUACUAGUUACAGCCGGCGGGGGAGGCUUGUGUGUUGUUGGAUAUUACGCAGACUAUUUUUCCACAGAAACUGUCAACGCGGCUAACGGCACGGUGACGUACAGGACGAACGACGUGUCACGUAGCUGGCUGGUGGCUAUGCCCUACGUCGGCUCCGUCAUAAUGGGGAUAGGCUCGUUUUUAAUCAUCGUCGCCUGUGUGGUAGUGUGUGAGGCAUGGGACAGAGUUAAAAACAGUAAAAUAGAAUCAAGUACAUCGGCAAAGAAAAGCCCCAAAGACAUAUUUUACUCCACCGUGGUCGAGGAGGUGGCGCGUGAUACCAAAACCAGGCAAGACCGUCUCUCGGCUACACUGCGAGGGGAAAACGACCUGCAAAACAGACCACUUACAGCGAUAAAGGAAGCAGCACUAGAGACUUCGCAGGAAGAAAAACCAAGCUUUUUAGAGAGAAUAGGUCUGAGGCGUAAAGAGAAAAAUGCUGAAAAACCUAUAGAAAAUAGCGAGACUAUCUCUAAAGCACUCAAGCAAAUUCCAAUGGAAUUAUUUACUCUGACGCCAUUUGAACAUCGGUGUAAAUCUAAUAGUGGCUUAUCUGAAGAAGGGAGGUCCAUGUCGAGUUGGAGUUUACCAGAUGACAUAAAUAAAAACAAAAAAGCGGGUAGUGCAAAUUCCCAAGCGGAUUUGUUCGAAUACUGUAAAGAGUGUUCCUCAAAUUCUAGCGAAACGACAUCUCCCAAUUUGUCGAAAAGACCCCCAGGGUUUAACACGCGGCUCAUCCCACCACAAGGUGUGGGGAGCCUUUACUGUGAUACCGCCUCCAAACCCACGACUCCUGAUUUAUCCCACAAUGUCCACAGACCGGGCGGGGUCAUUAAAGUCAAAGAAAAAUGUGUCGACCCUCUGGAGGACGACUCUCAGCAUUACCCUAAAAGUGACGUCUGUGUGAUAGUCCACGAGGUAUCGGUGCACAAUGAGGAUGAUACCCAAGUAGAGAACUUUUUUUCUUUAACGGCCAGCAAUACUCCUGAUGAAGCGAAUACUUCUCCAGGCGAUCACUUAGCUAGUAGUGUAUAAUAACGGCUAAUGUGGCCUUGGACUAGAUUGAUAUUGAUAUGUGAUUGUUGUUGAAAGCCUUGAAAAACUCACUAUUCUGAUUACCAACAAGUGUUUCAUUGCAAUGCAUUUUAAUUGACUGUUCUGUAUAAAGAAAGUAUUCAUCAUUUCCAUCAAUCCAUCAUUUUUCUCAUUUAACUUUGAUUUUAUUGUAAUUUGAUAACCCAAAGAGUGAGAUCGUCAUUAAAUAUUGAUAAUAUAUGCAGCUCCUGUUGAAAGGUAAAUGUGAUGAUGUACUUUGUAAGCGAUGCAAAACAAACUACGAUGUAUGUCGUUUGUUGAUAUUUUCGCAAGGAUUUUAAGCCAUCAGAAGCCCCCGAAAGGUAAUUUAAUAUGAUUUAAGGGGCUGCUUCAGCACUAAUGUUUCGUUAGUAGGUAAUCACUAUAUCAAUAGAUGUGCUGAUACGAAGCUCAACUCCUGUGUAUGUAUGUUUUACUUGCUGUGUACGGAAAGUCGUACAUAUCUAAUUCUAAAUGGGCUGUAUCCACGCAAUACCGCCUUAAAUGAUGCAUUACAAUAUGUUAAGGUUAGAUACUGCUUCAAUACUGCGGGCUAUCAAUGUAAGAAUAGAAUCCACGAACACCAGCCUUAAAUACAAUUAUACCAUAUUUAACGUUCCUGUCUACUCUAUCCAUCGAUUCAUUUUUACAAGAAAUGUGAACAUGCUUGGUAAAUACGGCAACCUGGACUGGCGCUGCGCGCCGUAUUGUGUCCGUUGCCUGAGCUCACGUUGUCAUUCAGAGAUCGAUGGCGACCGUUUUAAACCAACUGAUGGUAAUUAGCUUGAGUGGAUUUUGAUACCGCGAAGACUGCUUUUAUUGACGUAUUACUGAACAUUCAAGAGAAAACAUUUAGAAGUUUCUUAGCGAUAUCAACGAUCUCUUUGAUUCGGGAUGUAGUUUUCAUUAUGACUGUAGUUUUUUUUAUUACGAAUGGGAACGAAAACACGCAAUCUGAUUUGAUAUUAAAAACUGAGAUAACUUUUAAGUCCCAAAUCACCCUAGGUUUCUCAGAGCCAAUUAGUGCUUUCCAAACACUGUAAUUCUUAGAAUUGCAACCUUUGUGAUCGGACUUGAAAGCAGUGGAAUUAAUAUAAGAGUAGAACUACUCAGA